AUGAACAACGACCACCAUUAUCAACAUCAUCCACGAACGGUCAUACCCGUGACGGUAAAUCCAAGCGAUGAUCAACGUUUCAUACGUUUUCGCUCAUCGGACGGACCAUCAAAUGAUACACAUGAUCGAAUGAGUACACGUAUGCGUGAUUUUGAAGAUGAAUGUCGCCGAUGGCGAGAAAAAUUUUUCAAUGAAUCAAGAACUGAGCCCAGCUCGUUUCCAUCGUCGUCUCUCGUGCAUUCAAAACCGCGAAUGCGCGUCGAUUUUCCUGAUUUUCCUGAGUUCGGUGGAGUUGAUUGGCCAACCUUUCGAGGAUCGGCAUCUGGCAUAGGCUCAACUGCGAAUACAUCGGGUCAACGUGCAUUCAUCGAAGAAGACAAUGACGGACGAAAGAAAUAUAAAAUUCAAUUUGAUAUUGGAGAAUUUCGUCCCGAAGAAUUGAAUGUCAAAGUUGAUGGUCGAAUGUUAAUAGUUAAAGGUGAUCGUCAAGUCAAAGUUGGCAAUGCGACUGAAUCAAAGCAAUUUAAUCGUGAAUUAACUUUACCCGAAUUCGUCGAUGCGAAAACUCUGCAAUCUUAUCUCGCCGAAGACGGUCAAUUAACAAUGGAAGCACCCGUUCUAAUGGAUCGUGUCUAUAACGAUGCCGGCUCCGCUAUAACAUUUCGUCAAUCAAGUCCAGGUCGUCUUGUCGAUACGACAUUUCAUGGUGGACGUCAACCAUCAAGUCUUGGCAUAGGAGCUAAUCAAUCAAAUUCCUACUCAUCAUCGUCGUCUUCAUUUCGACAAGAAAGCAGCAGUAGUAAUACUGGUGGAUCGAACAGUUUUCUUCGUCAUAGUCCGUUACGUGAUCAGUACUCAUCAACAAGUUCGACAUCCACUCUUCUCGGAACUAAUGCAGGUGUUAAUCUUCCACCUCCGGUCACAUUUUCAACGAUCACAUCACGACCAGAAUUUUCGAACAGUGAUCGCAACGACGGCACAAAAAAUGUUACAUAUAAAUUUAAUCUAAGUGAAUUCGCGCCUGAAGAUAUUGCCAUCCAAGUGAACGAUACCAUGUUGAAAGUGAGUGCCUUGAGACAAGAACGUGAUGGACGUACUUCAAAUCAUCGAGAAUUCAAACGAGAAAUCGGUUUACCUGAUGGUGCAGAUGCCAAGAAAUUAACAAAUACACUCAGUGCCGAUGGUAUUCUAACAAUUCAAAUUCCUGUACGCGACUAUCGUCCACCAUUAACACCUACACAUCAACCACAUCAAUUUAAUCUCCCUACUAAUUUGAGUUCGAAUGAUUCAUACUCAGUUGGCGAUCAACAACUCAAACUUACAUUUGAUUUAAGUGGUUAUAAACCUGAUGAUGUUAGUGUGAAAGUUAAUGAUAAUGUAUUAAAAGUUCAAGCAGUACAUAUCGACAACACACGCGGCAAUCAAAUCAAUCGCGAAUACAUGCGUGAAUAUGUUCUACCGGAUUGGGUCGAUGUCGAUAAUCUGCGUGCUAAAAUGAGUGAAGAUUCAACACUAACUGUCGAAGUACCUAUCCCACACGAUCGUGUACCUGCUUUCAAUCGUCAAAUUAAAAUUACGCAAUAG